AUGGGAAAUCUCACCUCUGUUCAACAAAUCCAAUUGAAUCGAAGCUUAGCUCUCCCAUUCUAUGUCUGCCCAGUUCCAUGCCCUUUUUCCAACGAUCAAGAUAACCCACCAAAAUAUCGACCAGCAAUUAUUUCAUGCAGAGAGCCCUCCAUCAGAUUCUUAAGCUUCCACUACUAUAUAGCAGUAACCUGCACUUACUAUAUCUUCGAGAGAAAUGAGGGUGCAAAGCAACUGUGCCGCACCCAAACCACCACCCUAAAUGGCAUCCGAAAAUUGACCGCUGCCGAAUAUCAUUUCUUAUUGAAAAAAGAUUUACAAAAUGGUUCUUGGAUUUUUGGUAUAUUAGUGCUUUUUCUCAGUUUAUUAAUAACUGGCGUCAUGGCACAAGUUAAAAGUUGUCAAUUGGCAAUGUGUUUAAAGAAUCAAAGUACUGGUACUGUAGCAGUUGCAAUCGGUGAUGGCUCUAGUACUCAAUUUACAACAAUUCAAGUUGCUCUUGCUCAACAAUGUCCCGGAGUAACUAAUGUUACUUUUUGCUAUGUGGAUUGCAAAGGGUCAUAUGCAAACUCAGGUGCAUAUUGGAUUUGGGAACAAUGUACCUCACAAUCAGGAUCCUAUUUGUGUAAUAGUACCACCAUAUUGAAUUUAUGCGCAUUAGGACAAGAUCCAAAUUAUCCAUUUAAUACAGCACCUACACCACCUAUUCCAUCUAUUCCAGCUAUUCCGUCUAUUCCACCUACUUCCACUUAUAUCACAGCUCUUAUAUCAAAACCUUCUCAAUCAAAACCUCUUCAAUCAAAUUCAAAUCCUUCUCAAUCAAAUGUUAAUAGUUAUUCUCAAGCCAAUCAAGUUAAUGCCAGAUUAUAUCUUAUUAGUAGAUUACUUUUAGUCAUAACCAUUUUACUUUGUGUUCAUUUAUUGUGA